AUGCCCGAGCAAACCAUGCGGGUUGACGAAACGAUGCCCUCGCCCGAGGACGACGAACUCGCUCGACGGCGACGACGUGCGCUGCGCUCGUGGGCCGAGGAACGCCUCGGGGUGGAGCGCGCGGCAUUAAUGAGCAUUCUGGCGACGCAUCGAGUGCAGAUUCCGGGUGGUUCGAGCGAGGCGAACGAGCUCAUGGAUGAUUUGCUUGGUUGGAAGGCGGAGAGCGUUUCGAAGUGA